CCUCAAGCUAGUCCCCCCCCCCCCCGUACCCGUCAAUGAAUGGCGAUGACCAGCAAAGGCGUCAGUGAACAAGCUACUUGUUUGGACCCAGAAUGGUGGGUUUUAUAGAAUUUUAUAGAAAAACGUCGCAUUCCGUUAACAUCUGCAUUUUUCUCCAAUCCUGCUCGGUGUGAAUAACUUGACUAGAAGUGCAUCACCAUGAAGCGAUCAUGUGUUACAUAGGUACACAGACGGAGCUACGUUAGCUUAGCAGCAGUACAGCUAACAUCGCUAUCCUGGAUUGUGUUUGUUUAUGUUGACAAGAAGACAAGUAGUUGCAGUCCAAAUCGUUUGGAUUAUCGAAGGCAUGAUGGCGUUUUGGACUGACCCUGCCCUCUGUCCCGAGUAGUUGAGGCGAGAGAUCCAUAAAUCCAAGCUCGCAUGAAUGCUGGAGCAACGUUAAAACCACCAUUGUCUUCACACAGCACCCAUCCUAACGUCAUUGACGUGGUUUUAACGAAGGAAGGUGAUGGUAGACAUGGAGGAAGUUCCACAAGACGAGGAGCAUUUGGAUUUAUAAUUAUGGCCUGGUGAAAGCAACUCGGGGACAUAUUUGCAGCGUAUAGACUAUAAUAUAUGAUCAACAUGUCUGCAAUUGGCGAGUUUGUGCCUCCUCCCGAAUGUCCGGUUUUUGAGCCAAGUUGGGAGGAUUUCUCGGACCCCCUUGGAUUCAUCAACAAGAUACGACCCAUCGCAGAGAAAACCGGCAUCUGCAAGAUCAGACCACCGGAGGACUGGCAACCGCCGUUUACGUGCGACGUGCGUCACUUCCGGUUUACGCCUCGCGUGCAAAGGCUGAAUGAACUUGAGGCACUCACUCGGGUGAAGCUCAACUUCCUGGAUCAAAUCGCAAAGUUCUGGGAGCUGCAGGGAUCCAAGAUUCGUUUCCCGCACGUGGAGAGGAAGGUCCUGGACCUCUAUCAACUCAGCAAGGUUGUGGCAUCCGAAGGAGGCUUUGAGGCGGUAUGUAAAGAGAAGAGAUGGUCCAAAGUGAGCAGUCGAAUGGGCUUCCCAGCUGGGAAAGGGACUGGGUCACUGCUGCGCUCCCACUACGAGAGGAUCCUCUACCCCUAUGAGCUCUUCCAGUCCGGAGCCACUCUGACUGCCAUCCAGCGCCUCUACGAGGAGGGCGACGAUGGCGAGGAAGUAGAUGAGGGAGUGGGCGAGGAGGCGGCAGAAGAGGACGAUCAAGAGGAGGAUGAGGACAAAGACGGGGAGGUUGAUGCUGCGCUGACAAAAGAGCGUCCUUUGCCUGAGAGACGCUCAAGGCGCCUUAAGUCGGAGAGGGAAAACAAGGAGCCAAAAGGACUCAAACUAUUUGGUACGAGCCCCAAGAUGGUGGAUUUGGAGAUUGUCUCAGCAGACGAUGGCUACAACAAGAAGCAUCGUCACCUAAAAGCUCAAGCCUUUGCGAUCAAAAUGAGGCCGCGGAAGGAGACGCUGGAGGUCAACUUUAUUGACCUCUACUUCUGCCUGAUGUGCGGACGAGGUGACGAGGAGGACCGUCUCCUGUUAUGCGAUGGCUGCGACGACAGCUACCACACCUUCUGCCUGAUCCCGCCUCUGCAUGAUGUGCCCAAGGGUGACUGGCGCUGCCCCAAGUGUGUGGCAGAGGAAUGCAGUAAGCCAAGAGAGGCGUUCGGCUUUGAGCAGGCUGUGAGGGAAUACUCCCUGCAGAGCUUUGGAGAAAUGGCUGACCAGUUCAAGUCGGACUAUUUCAACAUGCCAGUUCAUAUGGUCCCCACUGAGCUGGUAGAGAAAGAGUUUUGGCGCCUGGUGAGCAGCAUUGAGGAGGACGUCAUCGUGGAGUACGGCGCUGACAUCAGCUCCAAGGAGGUGGGCAGUGGGUUCCCGGUCAGGGAUGGCAAGAGGAGGCUGCUGGGAGAUGAAGAGGAGUAUGCCAACUCUGGUUGGAAUCUGAACAACAUGCCUGUGCUGGAGCAGUCCGUCCUUGCUCACAUCAAUGUGGACAUCUCGGGUAUGAAGGUGCCAUGGCUCUACGUGGGCAUGUGUUUCUCCUCCUUCUGCUGGCACAUUGAGGACCACUGGAGUUACUCCAUCAAUUUCCUCCACUGGGGCGAGCCAAAGACCUGGUAUGGCGUGCCGGCGUCGGCAGCAGAGCAGCUGGAGGCGGUUAUGAAGAAGUUGGCUCCCGAGCUGUUUGAAUCCCAGCCUGACCUCCUCCAUCAGCUUGUCACCAUCAUGAACCCCAAUGUCCUCAUGGAGCACGGCGUACCUGUGUACAGGACCAAUCAGUGUGCAGGGGAGUUUGUGGUGACCUUCCCCAGAGCGUACCACAGUGGCUUCAACCAGGGCUACAAUUUCGCAGAGGCUGUUAACUUUUGCACGGCAGACUGGUUACCCGUGGGACGCCAGUGUGUGGCCCACUACCGACGCCUGCACCGCUACUGCGUCUUUUCCCAUGAUGAGCUACUGUGCAAGAUGGCCGCUGACCCGGAGAGCCUCGACGUAGAGCUGGCGGCAGCUGUCGUCAAGGAGAUGGAGGAGAUGAUGGAGGAGGAGGUUCAGCUCAGAAAGGCAGUGCAGGAAACGGGGGUGCUGUCUACGGAGCAGGAGGUUUUUGAGUUGUUGCCCGAUGAUGAGCGCCAGUGCCACAAAUGCAAGACCACGUGCUUCCUGUCUGCGCUGACCUGCUCCUGUAGUCCUGAUCGGCUGGUUUGUCUCCAUCAUGCAGCAGAUCUCUGUGACUGCCCUCUCAGCAACAAGUGCCUCAGGUUUCGCUAUGAUCUGGAGGAAUUUCCGACGAUGCUGUAUGGCGUAAAGAAUCGUGCGCAGUCAUAUGACACGUGGGCAAAGAGGGUCAAUGAGGCCUUCGCUGCAGACCAGAAAAACAAGAAAGAUCUAAUUGAGCUCAAAGUUUUGCUGGAGGACGCCGAAGACCGGAAGUAUCCGGAGAAUUCUCUGUUGCGCUUCCUGAGGGAGAUGGUGAAAGAGGCCGAGACAUGCUCUUCGGUAGCUCAGCUGCUGCUCAGCCGCAAGCAGAGACACAGCACUCGCCUGCGUUCGGAGAGCAGCCGGACCCGCAGCAAGCUCACUGUGGAUGAGCUGAAGGCCUUUGUGGAGCAGCUUUACAGGCUGCCUUGCAUCAUCAGCCAGGCCCGACAAGUCAAGGAGUUGCUGGAGAACGUGGAGGACUUUCAUGAGCGAGCCCAAGUGGCGCUAGCAGACGAGCUACCUGAUUCCUCCAAGCUCCAGGCCCUAUUGGACCUCGGCAGCGGCCUGGAUGUGGAGUUACCCGAGCUUCCCCGUCUCAAGCAGGAGCUCCAGCAGGCCCGCUGGCUUGAUGAGGUUAGCCUCCAAGCACCUAUUACUCUGGCUGUCAUUUUAAAGGCUGUGUGUAACGUCUGUGUCACACACCAGGUCCGCAUCACCCUGACAGAGCCUCAUCGCGUCACCCUGGAGCUCAUGAAGAGGCUGAUUGAUUCUGGGGUGGGCUUGGCCCCCCAUCACGCUGUGGAGAAGGCGAUGGCUGAGCUGCAGGAGAUCCUGACAGUCUCGGAGAGGUGGGAGGACAAGGCUCGUGCUUGCUUGCAGGCCAGGCCUCGACACAGCAUGAUGACCUUAGAGAGUAUUGUGAUAGAGGCCAGGAACAUUCCAGCAUACCUACCUAAUAUUUUGGCUCUACGAGAGGCCCUACAGAAAGCCAAAGAGUGGACGGCCAAGGUGGAGGCUAUUCAGAGUGGUGGUAGCUAUGCCUACCUGGAGCAAUUGGAGAGCCUGCUGGCACGGGGACGCUCCAUCCCAGUCCGGCUUGACCCACUGGCCCAGGUGGAGUCUCAGGUGGCUUCAGCGCGAGCGUGGAGGGAGAGGACUGCACGCACGUUCCUCAAGAAGAACUCAACAUACACGCUACUCCAGGUUCUGAGUCCUCGUGUGGACAUCGGUGUCUACGGGAACAGCAAGAGCAAGCGGAAGCGAGUCAGGGAGCUCAUGGAGAAGGAGAGAGGGGGCUUCGACCCCGACGCCUUGAGCGAACUGGAUGAGAGCCGGGAGGAGGCGCGAGACCCCUCUGCUGUGGUCUCCGCCUUCAAAGCCAAGGAGCAAAAAGAGGUUGAGGCCAUCCAUUCCCUCCGUGCUGCCAACUUGGCCAAGAUGGCCAUGGCCGACCGCAUCGAAGAAGUCAAGUUCUGCUUGUGUCGCAAGACUGCGAGCGGUUUCAUGCUGCAGUGCGAGCUCUGCAAGGACUGGUUUCACGGCGUUUGCGUACCUCUGCCUAAGACGGGGUCGCAGAAAAAGCUAGGCGUUGGUUGGCAGAGCAAUAGCAAGGACUCUAAAUUUCUGUGCCCGCUGUGUCAGAGGUCGAGGCGGCCCAGGCUAGAGACCAUCCUGUCUCUGCUGGUGUCGCUACAGAAGCUUCCAGUGCGUCUGCCAGAAGGAGAGGCCCUCCAGUGUUUGACUGAGAGGGCCAUGAGCUGGCAGGACCGAGCACGUCAGGCUCUAGCCACUGAUGAGCUGUCAUCAGCCUUGGCCAAGCUGUCCGUACUCAGCCAGCGCAUGGUGGAGCAAGCUGCCCGGGAGAAGACUGAGAAGAUCAUCAAUGCCGAGCUGCAAAAAGCUGCCGCCAAUCCAGAUUUACAGGGGCACAUCCAGACCUUCCAGCAGUCUGGCUUCAGCAGAGCCACAUCGCCUCGCCAGUCUGUGGACUAUGAUGACGAGGAGACCGACUCGGAUGAGGACAUCAGGGAGACGUAUGGCUACGACAUGAAGGACCCAGGUGAAGUCAAGCCCUACCUCUUCUGCGACGAUGAGAUCCCCGUCAAGUCUGAGGAGGUGGUUAGUCACAUGUGGCCGACAGCCACGCCCUCUUUCUGCGCUGAACACGCCUACUCGUCAGCCUCCAAGUCCAUUGUGCAACAUGUGGGAACGCCAAGGAAGCAGCCCCGGAAGACCCCUCUGGUACCCCGUAGCUUGGAGCCACCCGUGCUUGAGUUGUCUCCACAGGCCAAAGCCCAGCUGGAGGAGUUGAUGAUGCUGGGCGACCUGCUGGAGGUGUCCCUGGAUGAGACCCAGCACAUCUGGAGGAUCCUGCAGGCCACGCAUCCGCCAUUAGAGGAGAGAUUUCUACAGGUCAUGGAGCCCGACGACACUCCGAUGGAGAAGUCGCUGAAAAUCAAGAUCAAGGAUUCAGAGAAGAAGAGGAAGCGGAAGUUAGAGCGAGCUGAGCAUCACCACCACCACCACCACCAUCACCACCACAUGCUGAUGACCACCGCCGGCGGAGCUGCCACGGUACUAGGGGAUGUGCGACCGUCCAAGUCUAAGGAACUGAAAAGGGCCGGCCUGGAGCUCGGCCUCGGGGGUAAAACCAAGAAGAAGAAGCUGAAACUGGGCCUGGAAAAGAACCGCGAGAUGAAGCAACUGGCCAAACGUAUAGCCAAGGAGGAGAAGGAGAGGAAGAGGAAGGAGAAGGCGGCCGCCAAGGCAGAGGCCAUCAGGGAGGGGCUGGAGAAGAGGAAGGAGAAGAAGAUUUUGGACAUUCCCUCCAAGUACGAGUGGUCCGGUGCUGAAGACUCCAAUGAUGAGAACGCUGUGUGUGCGGCUAAAAACUGUCAGAGACCAUGCAAAGACAAGGUGGACUGGGUACAGUGCGACGGCGGCUGCGACGAGUGGUUCCAUCAGGUAUGCGUGGGCGUUUCCUGCGAAAUGGCGGAGAACGAAGACUACAUCUGCGAGGACUGCUCCCUCAAGGGGCCGAGGCGGGGAGGAGGAAGUGCCUUGGUCGCCGACGAGGAGGCGGCAGAGGAAAGCGUGGUGGUACUGGCGACGCCGACUUUGCUGUCAUCCGGCGGCGCCGCCUCGUGGUCUCACGGCGCCACCGUCGUCGCACAUCUAAACACGGCAAGCUCGCAGGAGCCUCAGCAGAGCAGUUAGCGCUAUUAGAGAUGCCUCAGAGACUCAACCCGGUGUCCACUUGAAAGACUGCAGAGCAUCCGAGGGAAAUGUUUUUAACUUCCUUUAACUCCGAUCUUCUCGGACCCAACCAGAGUUUUAGCUCCUGAAGCAUCCACCAGCUACAAUACAACCCCAACAGAUGUAUCAUGUUUAACUCAACGCAUUACUGCAACCCUUCACACUAAUGUCAAUAAGACCCCUGGUUAGGCAAAAGAAAUGGUUGUAAUGUAGUGGAAUUAUUUAUAAUGUACAUAGCUUGAAAGCAAUUAAAAUAAUGGAUUGUGGCUUUUUUUGUUUUCUCACCUUUUAAUAAACUAUUCCUAGGCAAACAAUUAUAAUACACUGUAUUGUAAUUUUAUUGUUUUAUUGUACAUAUUAUGUAAAAAGGGUGUGAACCGUGGAGGUCUUGUUCGCUUCCCCUCGCUUCCUCCGAGUAAAAUCUGGUGCAAACUCGCUUCAACCGCUUUUAUCUGAAUGAUUGAACUCAGUAAUGACCAGCAGAGAAAGAGAGAGAGAGAGAGAGUGGCAUCAACAGUAAUUAGGAUUAACAAUUGUUCCCAUGUUAUUGUGCGCUGUUGAUUCAUGUUGUUCCUAAUUUUCCACUUACUGGAAGUUAAAAAAAAAAAAGAAAAAACACACAUUGCCAUCGGUUAUCGCAUUACACUACGUUCAGUGGAGACAUACAUAUUUUUAUUGAGUAUGGCAUACUUUUUUUUUUAUGUUGUGCACAAAAGGCUCUUGUAAAUAACGUAAUACAUUUUAUAAUGUCAAUGUUUUUUUAUUUUUGCAUCUGUUUUUUGUGUGUGUGGCAAAAUUUCAGCUGUCACUACCAUCUAUUUAUUCAGUAAUUCCAUUUACAUUGUGCACAAAAAAGGCUCUGUUCUAUGGCAUAAUAGUAUAGUACAUUUUCUAGUAACGUUUUUUAACAUUGAAAUAUAUUUUCAAGUAUUUUUUUUUGAUGACGUUUUAAAAAUGUAAUUUUUUUUCCCAGUAAUUUUCACACAUUUUC